AUGGAAAAUAGGGAUCAGGGUGCAGCUCAAAACCAUGCUUGUGCUUCGUGCAAGCAGCAGAGGAGAAAAUGUGAUGAGACCUGUGAAAUGGCCCCAUACUUUCCAGCCAGCAGGUACAGUGAGUUCCAAAAUGCUCAUAAGAUCUUUGGUGUGAGCAACAUCCAAAAGAUCAUGGCCAUGGCUGCACCUGAUCAAAGACAGGCAGCUGCUGAGAGCAUUCUCACGGAAGGGAAUGCAAGGAAAAAUGAUCCUGUGCAUGGUUGUCUUGGCAUUAUCAGAGGUCUCAAUGCCCAAAUUCAGCCCUCUCAUGUCAUGGCUGAGAUGAGAAAAUAUGAACAAGGAUACAAUUACUCAACUUUGGAAGAUGCAGAAGAGAAGGUCUUUGACAUCCGGCUCAUAGAACCAGUAUUAUUUGAAUCCAAUCUGAAGGGGAAUGCAAGUUCUAGUGCACCAGGAGAAUCCAGUGCUGCUGCCUCCAAGGCCAAAGAGAAGCAACCUUCAGAGAGUUUGCAAGAGAAAACCACAGAAGAUGAGGCCUGA